GCGUGCGAUUAAUCUACCCUUAUAACGCAGAGCGCGUGCGCGCAGUUGUCUGAAAACGAUUCAAUUCUGGAAUAAUUUGUACAAAUAAUAAUUUGGAAUCAAAUUGUAAUUCACGUUCGUGAAACAGUAUACUCGAAUUUAAUUGACGAGAUAAUUUUAUACAAUACGCAUCAAAUUAUGCUGGAUUGUUUAAGCAAUGUAGCCUACGUGAAACAGGGCCCUGAUAUAUUUACUCAACUAAACCCGAAACUGCCUAGUAGCGUUUGGCGAACACUUCGCUGGUGAGAUCAUGGCAUGUCCCUUCUUGGAAAACCCUGUAGACAUUGGUGCUCGAAUCAUUCGCCAGGCUUUACAGCGCGAAAGAGUAAUUCGACCGCGAAACGAUAUUUUCGCUCAAGAAGCGUGUCUUCACGAACGCUAUCGUUUUUCUAAGCAAUCGAUCGUUUAUAUCAAUAAUCUUCUAAAGCCUUACAUCUCCAGUGUUACUCAUCGUGGCUUUGCGCUCACAUCGCUCGAAACCCUAUGCAUUGCCCUACGCUUUUAUGCCAACGGGAGCUUUUUAUAUAGUAUUGGAGAUGCGGAGCAUAUCAGCAAGGCAACUGUGUGUCGGUGCAUUCGAAGAGUCUCUCUCGCUUUGAAGCGAUUUCUGCACGUUUUCGUUGUGUUUCCUGGACACAAAACCGUAAGAAACAUCAAAGAGGAAUUCUACAAAAUCGCAGGAUUUCCGCGUGUAAUUGGGAGUAUCGAUACCACUCAGAUUCCCAUUAAAGCUCCGUCUGUUAAUGAAGGACACUAUCUCAACAGGAAAUCUUUCCACAGCAUAAAUGUACAGAUCAUUUGCGAUGCCAGCCACCUCAUCAGCAAUGUGGAAGCCAAAUGGCCGGGCUCUGUCGACAAGUCAAGGAUUUUCCAGGAGUCCACCUUGUUUCACAUGUGUGAACGAGUAGGAGAGUUUGACGGCGUCCUCCUUGGGGACAGAGGCUACCCCUGCCUGCGCUUUCUGAUGACGCCCUACCCGGCACAUGAGGCUGGACCACAACAAGCCCGCUUCAACGAGGCCCACCGCAGGACGCGAGCCGGCGUCGGGACGACGAUCGCGAUCCUCAAGGCGCGGUUCCAGUGCCUGCGCGGGCUCAGGGUGUCGCCGGAGCGAGCGUGUGACAUAAUCGUGGCGUGUGCUGUGCUACACAACCUGGCAAUUAUGAGGGGAGAGAGGUUGCCCACGAUAGAGGCACCAGCAGCCGAGGACGAUGAUCCCAUCCACCGCAUUCAAGAUGACCCAGAGGGCAGGGGUAUAAGGGACAGUAUCAGCCAGGGGGAGUGGCAAUACCCACUUGGAGGGACGGUGUCUCAGUGAUUUUUAUUUUUCUUAUCUUUUGGAAGGUCUAUGUAGCUAGCUAAACUAAGGCCAGUUCUGUCUAAACCUGAAAUGGAAUUGAUUAGUCAAUCAUUAAUUUAAUUGUAUCUGGACUACUGCAGUUCACUUUUUACGUGCCUCUGCAAAUCUUCUCUGGAUUGUCUAAAAAAUGGUCCAGAAUGGUGCUGCUAGGCUUCUUGUCGGGUCCUGAAUUCAAAAUGUGCUUUUGAAAAAAUUGCCCCAAAACUCUGGACGAUAAGUACCUCCCUUUAGACGCAAGAUCUGUGGGCACUGUUGACACCUUUAAAAAGCACCUGAAGACGCAUUUGUACGAAGUGGCCUUCAUUUAAUUUUUGCCUGUGUCAUCUGUUUUUAUGUAUGUUUUUUAUUUUCUUGUGAAGCGCUCAGUGAUCUUUGUUCUAGAAUGGUGCCAUAUAAACUUUUACUCCCUUGUAUUAGAAAAUGUUUGAUGGCAUUGCGUCAAUGGUAUCUUUCUAUGUGCUUGCACUCGUAUUUCAUCCCUCCAUUAUGUUUUUCAUGUUUUUUUUCUCCAAUUAAAACACAUAAAAACAGUUAAACAGUGCAUAAUAUGAUCAACUCACAAGUUUGAGAAACUCACAAUCUCAAUUAUCCAACUGUUAUAUCCAGUACCCUGAGAUCUACUGAAUUUGACCUUUCACCUCAUGUUGUAAUAAGGCAAUUUCGCAACACCUCUAUUACAGGCUUCGUAACCGUGUAGUUUUGUUUGCUGCCACCCGUAGUAGCAUAUGUUGAAAGAAUGCAAAAUAAAUGAUAAAUUUACA